GUACUAAACUGCAGGAACCAGACUAGUAACUAGUUAAGCUGGAGAAAGGACGAUGCUACUGCUUGCCAGUAGGUGGUGCUCUUCACUUGGCGACAACACACAGCCAGAUCUGACUUGGAUGAUCAUAAGAACACAAGAGAUGCCUACUUCAUCAAAUCAAAGUCCAGUAUCCACUUGCCACAGUGACCAACCAGUGGCCUUCAAGAAGCCCACAUGCUGCAGGACCUGAGGGAAGAAUGGAGCCACGGCAGGGCGAGAUGCUGAUGAAGGACAACCAGGAAUGGUGCCCAGAGAGAAGAAAAGAGGAGCAGCCCAAGGCAACAGAUGGGACUGGCAGAGGACCACUGCAGGGAGCGUCUCCUUUAAGCCCCGGGGUGGCGCCGGAAGAGGGGACCGGUUGCCAGGAUGAAGGUGAGAGGAGGCUAGGACAAGGGGUCGCCCCAAGCCAAGAGGGCACAGGUAUCAAGCGACAGCUGCCAAAUGGCUCUGGAAGAGAAGGCCCUUUGGAAGAGGAGAUUUCAGAAGCACAAAGCCUAAGUGCCCCCCAAGGCAAUUCGGGCCUAGGUAAAGAUGGAUAUCUCACUUCUCCCCAAGGAAACAAGAUGGGCGUAUUAAAAAGGCCAGCCAAGGAGGAACAGGAGCCAACCGGAGGGAGGAGGUCUGAGGAUUCCCUGAUGCGGGAGCUCUCUGAGAUGGUGCAGGAUGUGGUGAAGAGCAGCAGCUGGUGGGAGAGGCAUGGCAUCGAUGGCACAAUCAUCGCUUUGAACCUUCUCUCCCUGCCAGUAGGGUUCCUGCUUCUGCGUUCUGACAAUCUGUUCCCUUUCCUGUUGGGCAUUGCCAUCUUGGGUGUGGUACAUCAAACCCUCACUGUGAAGGGGAGCCACCUGGCCACCCACAAUGGUCUGGCGGAGUCCAAGUCCUGGGGGAAAAUAUGGGCCAUAUUCUUCAUUGAGGUUUGCUCUGCUUUCACGGCAGAACAGGCGUCCUACAACCAUGUGAAAAUCCACCACGCUUACACAAAUGUCAUCGGCCUGGGAGACUCUAGCACAUGGAAGCUUCCUUUCCUGAACCGCUAUGUUUACAUGUUCAUUGCACCCAUUGCAGUGCCCAUCCUCACCCCUUUGGUAGCCAUUGGCUUGCUCAAAGAAGUUGAAUUGAAGACGGCCAUCCGGACGCUCUGUUGCAUGUUUGUUGGCCUGUACUCCCAUUACUGGCUGCUGAUUAACAUCUCAGGUUUCCAGUCCAUGUGGUCUGCUCUCAGUUGCAUGCUGGUCACACGAGCUCUCCUUUCUCACGCUUACAUCCAUGUUAAUAUCUUCCAGCAUAUUGGCCUCCCAAUGUUCGCAGCUGACAAAAAGCCCAAACGGAUUCACAUGAUGAGCUGCGGCGUUCUGAACUUGCCUCGGAAUCCCCUGCUGGACUGGUCCUUUGGGCACUCGAUCAUCAGCUGUCAUGUGGAGCAUCAUCUCUUCCCAACACUUUCUGAUAACAUGUGCCUGAAGAUCAAGCCAAUUGUUUCCCGGUACUUGAAGGAGAAGAAGUUGACAUACAAUGAGGAUUCUUAUUGGUCCCGCCUGAAGUUGUUCCUGGCCAAAUAUGAAGAACUGAUGGUCCACGCGCCACCUAUUUCUGAACUUGUUGGGAUUCAGUGACAACUCUUCUAGGACACACAGCUAUUAUAAACCUAAGGCAAGACUGCUCUUUCCCAGGAUCAAGACAUUUAGAAUUCAGAUUAGGAACUGGAUCAAGCUAUCAAGGGGAACCCCAGCAUAUCAUUAAUAUCUUCCAUAUGGACAAGUAGAUGACCUUUUGGAUAAGAAACUGCACCUGCUCAGUGAUGAGUCAAAGGGGAGAUCAGUUGCUCCUAUACAAGAGAUAUUUUUAAUACCUUGACUCCCCUCCCCACUCUUUUAAUUUUGCACACCAACAACUUUGAUGCAUCCUUCCCAUGAAUUAUAGAGUAGGGAUGGUGAACCUACAGACCCUCCAAUCAAUACAUUGCUAGAUUAGAGUUUCAUUAUCCCUAAACAUGCUUGCUGGGGCUGAUGAGAGUUACGUUUCAGCAACAAAUGGAGAGCCGCAGGUUUGCCACUCCUCCUGUAAGGGCUGAGUCAU